AUGAGACCACUUGCUACAGCUAAAUACCGACAUAUGCCUAUCCAGGUUUGGGGAUGGUCAAUGUCAAGGGAUUUGAUAGAUACUGGAUAUCCUUGGAAUGCAAUACUUUUAAGAAUCAAUGAAAAUAAUGGGAGAGUUAUCUGGGAUUUAUAAAUAAAGAAUAUAGCAACACUAUCCUCAAUAAUGUAUGAAACUGGAAUAGAUGUUAGAAUGGAUUCUGCUCAAAAAAUUUAUUUACUAACAAGAGUUAAUAAUAAAUUUCAUCUAUCAGUUUUCUAAUAUACUGGGAUUGCUGGACCAAUAGCAGCUAAUUUUUAUCAUUCGUAUGGUGAUGACUCAAUGAAUAAACUGAAUAUUCUGAUUGCUGUGUUUCAUCCUUAUUUUGAUUAUCUUUAUAUUGGAGGAAACUAUUAAGGAGAUUUAGCAAUGAUAAAAAUUAAUCUAGCUGAUGGAUUACUUCUGACUGGAGCAGCUGUACCUUAAUCUAGUACCUAUACAGGGGAAGCAAUAUCUAAAAUUGCUAUUUUUAUUGACACUAAUUCUGAUUAAUAUCAAGUUGCUUGUGCUUCAUUUCUCGGAAAUGGUGAUAAUGUUGGUUUCAUGUAUUUUAAAUAACUAACUGAUGGUACAAAUUUACUGUUAUAUACCUGGUAUCUCACUAUGACUUACUCAACCUUCUGCACGGCUGUUAAUUAUGAUGGAAUAACAAUAAGUUAUUUAUUGUUUGAUAAUUUGAGAAGUAGAAAUUAUUUUGGAACAAGGUCAGUAUCAAGUUCAACUAAUUUUGAUAUUAGAGAGAUUUAUUAUGCUGCCGGUAGUGAAUUACUUACCACUUAAAAUGCCUAUAUUCCACCAUCUGGUUUAUUCUUUAUUGAUAUAGGUUCACUUACAUAGGUCAAUUCUCAGACUUACUCUAGAAAAAUAGCAUAUUUAGGUAGAUUUCCUGUUGGCUAAAGCUGUAUUAUUUCCUCAGCCUCUAAUACCGAUACAUUUAGUUCAAUUUACCAAGAUUCUUUUGUCACUGGUAAUUUUUAAUAAUAAAACUUGAUUAUUUUGACUUCUUCAUCAUUAAACUUUGAAUUGCGCGAAGAUUUGACAAAAUCUAGUUCAGCACUAACUUCAUUAAAUCUUAUUGAAUUGCCAUCUGAGUGCCUUGAUUAUGUUUAUGAUACAGGCAACGUCAAUUCUCCUGUAGUAGGAGCAUAAGUUUAUACUGUAGGAGAUCCGCCUUUAAUAAUUUAGAUAUCUUAGUUUACAUAUUCAGAAAAUUGUGCAGAUACCCCUACUUGGGUAUAUCAAGGAUUAAAAUCAGAUUAUUCACCCCUUCCUAGUUUUAUUUAGUUUGCAUACGACAGUACUGGCUCAAGUUUUACGGUCUAAACUCUAGAUUAAUAAACAGCAGCUACCUAUUAGUUAGUUGUUAUCGGUACAGCCAGUGGUUUAUUUACUGGCUAUUCAUUUUUUCAACUUUAAGUAGUUUUUACACCAGCAGAUAGUAUUCUUAGAACAUAUGAUAAUUGA